GCUAGAACUACUAGCACUGAAAUGGAGCAGCUAACAUUUGGUCCAAAUUCUUUUUAAAAGUUCUGCUUACUCGCACCUCCACGUGUGCUGCCUUUCGUAUGUGCACGCGGCUCCAGCCCUAAUUGAGAUUUUUUUUCAAACUCAAGAUGGAGUUCCUCACGAGCAACGAUGAGGAAGUCAUCACUGCCGCCGGCAAUCAUACCGCGUUCAAUGGUUCCGCCGACAAGAGCACCACAGAUUCUGCACAGGUGGAUCCCUUCACGCAAAUUGACAACCAGAGCCGCGAUUUUUUCCGGGAAAAGGACCACGUCUUGCAGCUCUUGCGGGAAAUCACGACUAGUACAGGAGCAGCUUGUGAUGCAGGGAGCAGCAACACGACAGACACUUCUGAUGCGGAAAAAGCCAUCCGACUGCAAUUGCAAAAGCAGCAGCGAGCGAAGGCGGAGGAGGUGAAGAAAAUCUGGAAUGGCUACCAAGAACAGCCGGCGUUGCUGGAUGGAAGCUUGCGGGAGAUGGUGAAUAUCAUGUUCGAGAACGCACUGUCAACAAGUUCUUGUAUAGCAGCGCCAACACCAACGACGGCGACCACAUCAGGGACCGAGCAGCAGCA